GAACAAUUAAACUAAUCUUAGAGACUACGAAUGAAAUAAAAAUAAUUUUAAUAAUAAAUUUCAAAAAAUUAAUAAGUCAGUGACCUAACUUGUAAUUUUGUCGACGUACACUAUUUUGAGAAUUUGAGCAACUAUUAAUGUCGGUGGGCCCUAGCCCAAUAGUUCUAGGUAAAGUUACCCUCCCAGUUUGGCGGCUGAGAAGAUGCAGCAGCCAACAUAAGCUGACUAGGUUUUUAAUCUGAUCACAACAAGAGGGCAAAGGUCUGUCAGCCAUUUUCAUUUCACUGAUUGCUACUUUUCUCGCCUCGGAAGCUCGAAGACACAAAGGCCAAUAUUUCCCACAUUCAAGAUACAAUAACCUUCAUCAGAACAAUGCCCUGAAACUCUGAACAAAGCUAAAAAUCUCGCCUUUGCAACACAAUGCUUUUCCAUCUUCAUCCACCAUCUCACCUCCACUUUCUGUGGAAACCAAAACCCAGAACCAUUACCAACGAUUCAAAAUUCAGUUUUCAACUCCCAAGAAUCUCCAUUUCCGCUACUCCAAGGAAGCUCGUCACCUUAUGGGGCAAACCUUCGCUUCUCAUCCCAAGAUGCAACCCAGAAAACGCUUCUCCUGCUUCACUUCCUGAUGAAACGGUAGACAAACACUUCAUUCCAAUAACUCGAGUGGUUGAAACCUCCCAAGAUCUCCAACAAGGGGUGAAGAAGAACUUUUGGGGAGCUGUAACUUUAGUCAUUGGCACAGCAGUAGGCCCAGGAAUGCUGGGAUUACCUGCUGCAACUAUGAAAGCUGGUGCAUUACCAUCAACCAUUGCCAUUGUCUUGUGCUGGCUGUACGUAAUCUCCUCAAUCAUUCUCGUAGCUGAGCUGAGCUUUGAUGCAAUGCAAGAGGAUGGAGUUUCGGAGGUUAGCUUUACUGGACUUGCAACAAGAUCAUUAGGACGCCAUUUUGGUCCUUUGGUAGCCGUCGUUUACGCAAGCCUGAAUUUUGCUCUGUUGGUAGCUUGUGUCUCUGGGAUUGGAUCAAUUUUAUCUCAGUGGCUUCCCAUGAUGAACCCGUUGGUAACUCAUGGAUUGUUCCCACUGUCUGCUGGGGUGAUAAUCGCCUUCUUUCCUUUUAAUGUCAUCGACACUGCAAAUCGGUUCUUAUGCUUGCUCAUGGUUUUCUCCAUAACAGCUUUGGUCACAGUAGGUUUGUAUGUUGCUAGAGCAAAUGUGUUGAGCUCUUUUGCUCGAUCGUCCUGGAGGGUUUCUUCAAUUUUGCCUGCUGUGCCUGUUGCAGUGCUCACUUUAGGCUUCCAUGUGAUUACACCUUUCAUAUGUAAGAUUGCUGGGAAUACUGUCUCUGAAGCUCGAAAGGCAGUUUUGAUAGGUGGUGCUGUUCCUCUCAUCAUGGUUUUGUCAUGGAAUUUAAUUGUUUUGGGACUUGCUAGGGUUAAUAAUAUGGCUGCAUCGACCACUGAUCCAAUCUCGCUCUUGCUUUCUGUCAAUCCUUCUGCUCUACCUGCUGUUCAAGGAUUUGCAUUCUCUGCUCUGGCAACUAGCUUGAUAGGUUACGCUCUUAGCUUCCCCAAACAGCUUCUUGACACUUUAGACCUAAUAUUUGGGAAAGCAGAUUCUGAGAAGGAAACAAGCUUUACUUUUAAAACUACAUUAGUACCGGGGAUGCGUAGUGGGCAGGCAGGUUUGGUGGUAUUUGCUGGUGCUGAUGGUCCCGGAAAUCCCGGAAUGGUAAUUUUCGACAGAUCAAGGUCUUCAGGUGGCUCGGAAGUUGAAGGACCACCAGGAAAAGCUGAAGGAUCUGCUGCCGCACGUUUGGUCAUGGCAAUGGUGCUUGGAGUUCCUAUUAUCAUCGGAUCCUUCUUCCCUUCAACGUUUUCCAGAGCUGUUGAUUUUGCUGGAGUGUAUGCAAAUUGCUUCCUGUUUGGCAUACUUCCACCAGUGAUGGCAUACAUUCAGCAAUCCAGGCAUAAUAAUAGGUCAUCCAGUGUGCCAGGAGGGAAUAUGACGCUUCUUGCACUAUUUACCAUCGCUGUUAUGUUGUUGAUUUGGCAUUAGCUUACUAGCAACAGAACAGCAUUCCCCUACUACAUAGAGGGAAUAUUUGCUCUCUUCGACAAAGAAAGUUUGACUCGCAAAACUAUGAUGUUUUGUUUCACUCGUCACCCACAGUGUUAAUCCUUUGCAUGCAGCGCAUUAGUAUUUUUUUUAUUUAUAACAGGCACCAAAUAUGGCAUGAAAUUUCAACCCCGAGGAAUUGAUCAAGUGGUAAUAGCAGAUGAAAAAAACCUUGGCGUCAGGCUCACUGAUCAAUCGACCGGCAUUGCCUACGGAUCAUACCGAACUCUGGCCUGGAAGUUUUAGUGCAUAUCUCUGGUGCAUCAAAUUUCUGAACCUUUCAGCUUCACCAAACCUCCCAGCACCACAAAAAUGUUAUGUAUCAGCACGUGCCACUUAGUCACCUCCACAUCCUCUCUCCAUCUCCAAUAUCUUCCUUGUUACCCUUUCGGACAUCUCAAUGUUAUCAUGAAAGCUACAAUCUCCGAGAAGAGUUCUCCAGAUCAUGACGUUAGCAAUCUCUGUAGGUAUCUCCAGCGCCAAAAUUUCUGCUUCCUCUAAUCUGCCCAACCUAGUCAGCAUGUCUACUAAACAUCCAUAAUGCUUGAUAUCAGGCAAAACUUGAUACUCAUGCACCAUCUUUUCCAAGAACUUGAGUCCCUGAUACCAAAUUCUUCCUCUCUCAAGUAGUAAAAAACCUGGAAGCACUCAUGAUGCACCCACAUUUCGCAUAAGUAUCUUUGAUCGACUUAGCAAGCCUUAUGUCAAACGCAAUCAGCCCUCUUUUCUCCGCAUAACAAUGAACCAACCUGCAAGCCUUCAGCUCUUUCAAAUGAGAAACAGAUGGCAUUAUGGCAAGAAUGGUAAUCUCACUAGGCCUCAUGUUCUCACAACAAACUAUCCUCCGAAACAAAUCCAAACCCUCACCAAACCUCCCCAUCCUUACGUACCCAUCGAUCAUCCCAGUCCACAUCACAACAUUCUUCUCCGGCAUCUCAUCAAACAGAGACUUAGCAUUUUCCAGUUUCCCAUCUCGCCAAUCCCGUUAUGAAAACAUUCCAAGUAACCGAAUUUCUGUCAGGCAUUUCAUCGAACACCCGCAGCGCAUCAGACAAAACGCCUCCAGCCGCGUACAUGUUCAACGCCGCGGUCUGGACGUAGACGUGAGAAUGACUAUGAGCCCUGGAACUGGGUCCCGAUAGCUAGAGAAGAUGCUUGAGGGCGGCGUUCAUCUGGAAACUGUAUGAGAAGCUGUCGAGAUGAUUAUGAGCAAUGGAAGCAGUACAACGACUGGAGUUGGAUGUAGAGGGAGAAAGCUUUAUGUGGGGAAUCGCUGAGGGAGUAAUAUCGAAGCAGAGUGUUGAAAAGGCGGAUUAAACGGGUUACGUGGCCGGUUGUAAGCAGCAGAGAACUGCCAGAGUGUGAGCUUGUGUGAUGGCGACGAGGUUCGAGGAUGCUGUUGCAUUAGUGAGUAGCGAGUACAGAAACCGCUCCAUAGAAAUUGCUAAAAUGGAGUGUAAUGACGAAUGAUGAAUGCAACUCACUAAAAGAAACCAUUGUGACAUAUUUGUUUCAUUCUGCAAGCCAUUUAUCUUGAGUUGAUUUUCAAUCAAAAGAAAAAUCGAUGGAUUUUUUACGAAAUAAAGAAAUCUAUAGGGC